CGACAGACAGUAGACACAGCAUUCUCUCAUCUAACAAGUAACAUCUUUGAUCUUUCAAUUUUCAUCUUUCAUCUUUGUUCCAAUGGUUCCACAUAGCGUAAUAUUGAAGUAGUGUAUUUUAAUAAUAUCACUGUGUAGUGCGUGUUGGGCUAAACGAUGCCUCUAUUUGGAAAAAAGGAUUUUGGUCGAAAAUCAAAAAAAGAUGCGAAAGAAUCAGAUAAGCAGCCAUCCAUUGAGGACAAGUAUGUUCUAAAAGACCUUUUAGGAACAGGCGCCUUUUCCGAAGUUCGAUUGAUAGAGAGUAAAGAAAAUGGACAGCUGUUUGCAUGCAAAAUUAUUGACAAGAAAGCUUUAAAGGGUAAAGAGGAUUCCUUAGAGAAUGAGAUCAGAGUUCUCAAAAGAUUUAGCGAGAACGCAAAGGGAGAUGGAGCAGAGAAGAAAAUGUUUUCACACCCUAAUAUCGUACAGCUGCUUGAAACAUAUGAAGACAAAAAUAAAGUUUAUCUAGUAAUGGAACUCGUUACUGGCGGUGAAUUGUUUGACAGAAUCGUUGAAAAGGGUUCAUAUACUGAAAAAGAUGCGUCAAAUCUUAUUAGACAAGUUUUAGAGGCAGUGGAUUACAUGCAUUCUCAGGGAGUUGUCCAUAGAGAUUUAAAACCUGAAAAUUUACUAUACUACAGUUCUGAUGAAGAUAGCAAGAUUAUGAUUAGUGAUUUUGGUCUAUCUAAAAUAGAAGAUUCAGGCAUAAUGGCAACAGCUUGUGGAACACCUGGAUAUGUGGCUCCAGAAGUAUUAGCUCAAAAACCAUAUGGUAAAGCAGUUGAUGUAUGGAGCAUAGGUGUAAUAUCCUACAUAUUGCUCUGUGGAUAUCCACCUUUUUAUGAUGAGCAGGAUUCAAACUUAUUUGCUCAGAUUCUCAAGGGUGAUUUUGAGUUUGAUUCACCCUACUGGGAUGAUAUAAGUGAGUCUGCAAAGGACUUUAUCCGACAUCUUAUGUGUGUGGAUGUUGAGAAAAGAUACACUUGCAAACAAGCUCUGGCCCAUCCAUGGAUAUGUGGUAAUGAAGCCAGCAGCAAGAACAUCCAUGGUACUGUAUCAGAGCAACUCAAGAAGAACUUUGCUAAAUCCCGUUGGAAACAAGCUUACCAUGCUACAACUGUCAUUCGUCAAAUGCAGAAACUUAUGAUACUUAAUAGCAGUAGCUCAAGCCGCAACACAAAUGCCCCAGCAAAGUCUCAAAAUCAGCAACAGUAAACAUCAUUAAAAAGGUACUUAUUACGGCUGAGAUUUCCUAUAUGUAUAUUAUUGGUCAGUAACAACUCAACUGUCAUAUAUUUCAGAGUUUAUUAAAUGUUUGUUAAAUGUCUUAUAUUACGAAUAUUCCAAAGUUAAGAUUCUACUUAAGUACUUCAUAAAUAAAUUUUGAUGUAAAUCUCAGCCAUGCUUUGAAUAUUUAAGUUAAAAGGAUAAACUUGAUACUUAAUAUGCUAAGAUCUGAAGUGUUAAUUGAAACUUUAAUUCAUUGCGCUACAUUGAAUGACAUCAUUUUAAUGAAAGAAGGUGUCAAAUUAAUCAAUGAAGUAUAAUGGUAUAUUUUUAAUUGACUAGUCAGUAUGUUUAUUAAUACAGACACUUAAAACAUAAUAAAAUUAUUUAACUUUUGUUUCGUAAAAUUUCCUCAGUUAAAUAGGCAACGUAACAAAUGUAUGCUGUACUAGAACAACUGUAUAGCCAUUUUAUGUUUACUUAAUAGUAAAGAACGUCUUUUUAUAGCUUUAUGAUAUCAAAACUGACUUUUGUAAAAACAAUAUUUAUUUACCUUUGUUGUCAUGAGAAGUUUCUAUUUAGAAUCUCAUUCUUUAACACCUAAGUUCUAUAUAAAAAAUACCAAAGCUAAUAGCUAUGAAGUGUAAGGUUUUCUAAGAAGUCUACUUACAACCAUUCUUCUCUAUAAAAAGCUAUAACUAAGCCUCAUAGUCUUUACUAUGACACAUAUUUGAUAUAGAACAUAGGCAUUAAACAUGUCAGUUAAAUGAUGAAGUCCAUGUGAGUGCUUUACUUAAAAUGUGUAAUCAUAGCUGAUAUAAAAUUUUAACAAUAUAACUAUUAUAUUAUAGGUAGAUGGUCUUCUCUUUAGGAUUCUAAUCUUGUUACACUUAUUAAUAAUAAAUGGUGAUUAUCAAUUUCAAUUUUUAGGAUUGUUGCGGAUGUUAUUAAUAUUUAAAAGCAAAUUAUCAUAUAAUGUUAACUUGAAAUGGCUUAAAAUAUUUCAAUGGUUUCCAAUAAAACGGUGCUUCAGAAAGAACUUAAAGAAAUAUAGUUUAUAGUUUUGAAAUGGGAUGUUGUGAAAACCUGAUAGUCACUGCUAGUUGAUCACAAGGCACCUAGAUAUGUAAUGUUGAAAGCAUUUAAUUUUUAAGUGUGAAAUUGUAUACCUUCUUUAAGUCUUUCUGAAUUAUCCACAUUUGUCUAGAGAUUUUGUUACAUUAUUCUUAUUGUUUUAAAUUAAUCCAAUGGGCUUUAUUUUGAUUUAAAAGUUGCUUGGUGUCGCUAUUAUAUGCAGUGUAAGCUAAAUUUACAUUUAGACCUUGCAUGUGUCAAAAUAGCAUUGGAUCUGGAUGAUGUGUUUGCUACAUAUGAAUUUUUAUUUGACAAUUUUUUUUAGGAUUCUAUGAAUUAUGAUACAUUUGUAAGCCCUAUAUUAUAAUCCCUAUAUAUUAUAGCCAUUAAAAGGUAUAUUAUGCUUAAUAUAGAUUGUAAGUUUUACUACUUAUUCUAAAACUGAAUCCUUCCUAUCUCUAGAGAAGAUUACAUGAUUCAAGUAAAUAAUAUAUUCUAUUAAAACCUAUUGCACUGUUGGAUUCAAUGUUGUCUUAUAAUACUCUUCUAUGACUAUGAUAGAAUUAUGCUUUUCAUAUGGGCCUAAAGACCGUUAAGACCGUUGUUUUAUACUUCUGAACUGAAUGAUAAAAAAUCCUAUAAAUAAAAAAAUCAUUGUUUGGUCAAGCAGUCUCUGUACUUCAAGAAAACAAAGUAAAUUUUAGUAAAAAAAAUCAACAGCCUUCACUUGAAUGCCUCUCAUAUUGUAAAUUGUAUAGGAAGAACACAUCAGUAGAGAAAGUAUUUUUAAAUAUCUGUCUAAGACUGAAAAUAUAAAUUUUAUUAUUUGAAUCUUUAACAUAUUCUAUUCAUAUUAUCGAAAUAAAUCAAGUCAGUAUGAAAUAUUUAAAAAUAUCUAGGUGGGUUCACAAAUUGUGAUCAAAGUUGUGAUAAUUGUUACUAAUGGGCCUGUAUCCCUUCAAAUGUUCUACAUAGUUAAUUCUCACCUUAAUGAUUUUUUAAUGAAUUUGUUGUUUAUUUCUUCAAUUUCUGACAGCUCUCUUUAUAUAGAAUCAUGACAAAAUAGAUCUUAUAAAUUCUGACCUUUGAAUCUCACUUUUUCUCAUUCCUAAAUAUUAUUUUAACUAACAAAAAUAAAUUGUUUAUAAUUAUAGUAUUUUUAAAAUAGAACCUUUGUGAAGAUUAAAAAUUGUCAAGAGUUUAUUUUGAUAUAAAAGUUUACUAAUUUCUGUAUUGAAUAACAUUCCUUAAUAUUAUUGGUAUUUUAAAAACAUUCCAUGACUUUAAUUAUUAAAAUGAUCAUCCAAUUAAAUGUUUAUCGUAUUUUUUAUAGGUUUCUAUUGUAUUGGUGAAAUUAAUUUGUGGCUACAAUCAAUUAAUACUUUAUGGCCAUUAUGAUAAUGUCUAAAUGUGUGCCAUCAUUAAAGCCAUAUUUACUGAAUAAUACUUUAUCUAAGUAUAAAUGUAAUUUACAUAUACAUCUUCUUUUUUUUAUGUAGGAUUAAGUUUUUAUAUUUUCUUUUAUGUGCAUAAAUUUUAUAAUCAUAUCAAAAAUAUUGUAUUUCUUUAACAAUAUAAGUAAAUCGUGAUUAUUUAUUAUUAAUAUCUUUUAUAAUAUGUUGUUUAUGUAUUAAAAUCUGUAGUUUAUGAUUGGAUAACCUUUAGCCUUGUUAUUAUUAUAAUAGUUUUGUAAGCGAUUACGCGGUCUGUACAAGUAGCGGCACGAAACUCUAGCGCUGACCGUUAUUGCGCAGAAGUAAAAAAUAAGGUACCUAGGCUAGCGUAAUGAAGAGCGUCGAUUGGCUCUCCAGUCACAUUCCGGCCCCCGCACCACUACACACGCGCAGCAAUCCCCUCCACGUAUCGGCCAGCGCUAGACUUACGUGCCUAUAAUUGUACAAUCAUUUGGAUGUCAGAAUUUAGCAUUUCUAUAUAACAUGUGUAUAGAAGUUUUUAAUAAACACUAAAUACUGCAUCAUAAUAAUUAUUUGGUAAAUUAGUUAAACAAUAUCAUUAACUCACAAUCGUGAUAAAUUGAAAAGUUAUGAAACGAAAUUAUGUUUAAUUACUGUAUCUCGGUUAAUACGAUGACAUUUAUACAUUUCUUUUAAUAGCGCACCUGAAAUUAUGACGUUUUGUCUUAAAAUAUUAAUGUCUGUAUUUUGUUUUUACACAGCCUAUAUAUCUAAUGCUAAAUAUAAUUAAGGACUUGCCUUAUGUGUAAUGUUUAAAUAAGAGCUGUUCUAAAUGUUUGUGAAUUCUUAUUCUGGAUGCUUCAUUCGUUUUUAAUUCAAAUAUUGAGCACAAUGGUUUUGCAUAGAGAAUGUUAUCGGAGAGCAAUGUUUCACCCAGAAUCUAAAAAUCUUCUCUUAUUUUUUUGACUGUGCCAAAACCACGUUAUUUUUGCCAAGUUACGCAUUGGUGAGCGGUUUGCUUUGCUGUUUGUUAAAUUAUUAUGAUAUAGACAUAUUUUGUAUUGUCUCACUUAUCCGUCGAAAACAUAUAAUUGUAUGCAAUAUUUGACUUAUUUUUUUUAAAUAUAUUCCGUAGAACCUUAUAAAAUAUCUCCUAGGCACCAGGCAAAUCGUCUCAAAAUGCGUAAACAGUACAUAAAAAUCUUAAUAUACGAGUUCCUUUUCAAAUGUAUUCUUAUUUGUACGUUGUUUUGAACGUACCAAAGAAGAUAUUUUUCGAAAAUUGUUGUGUUGAAAAUUAACACAUAUUUAUUUAGCACAAUAGAUAGUAGAUUUUGGAAGUGAUUUCCAUUUUCCAAAGUUACAUUUUUUUGUUUUGGUUGCGAUUUUUCCGCAUUACGUCUGUCCCUUAGUCAAGGUGUCAUGUGAAAUUAUGGGUUAAAAUCUGUAGUCAUCUUGUGAUUUAGAUUUUAUACUUCUUGUUCUGAACAAUCAAAAUUUAUUAGUAGUUAAUAGAUGUUAGCUCUAUUUUCAAUGUCAAUGUAAAUAAAAUGCCAACUUGUUGAA